UUUGGCUGGGUUGGUAUUCUCAUCAUGAUGAAGAGCACGGAGGUGAUUAUCAGAAUUUAUCACAAGAGAAAAAGCAUAUUUAUAUGAUUAUUCACACAUCAGUUAGAGCUGGUCACAUUGGAUACACGCACACGCGAAUGGUAAUAAGUAUAUGUUUGCUUUAAGCUUAAAAAGUAUGAACAACUCUGCGCUUGACACUUGAGACAACAAGCAAUUUUCAAACAUGAGUUGCCUGGCCUUUGCCUUGUGGCUGGCCACGACAGCGAGUACUGGCAAUUGAUGUGGCACCCAGUUAAAGCAUUUGUUGCAUCAGGACGCCAUUGCCAUGGGGGCCAGCACGUCCAUGUCGCCCCCAGAUGUAGAACCCCCCGACCGCAAGAAGAAAGGGGCUCCUCUGACGACUCUGCGUAAACGUCUCGCAAGGCGUCGCUGGAGAUCCUUCUCAAAAUGCUGCGACCAUGGUCAGGUGUUCCACGACUUUCUCUCGUCGUCUGCAUGGAACCUGCGAGAAGUGGCAGCACUGGUGCGGGAAUAUGAAGCCCUCGCAACACUCCGGGAGUUGUCUGUGCAAGCCGACUUGGCAAGGAGCCCCGCCAGAUUGUGCCGCAAUGACCUCGCCAGACUUCUGGAGUCGAGGCUGUGUGCUGACGUUACAGUCGCGUACCGUGGAACAGCCUUUCCGGCACACCGUGCCAUCCUUUCUGCGCGGUGCCCGUUUUUCCGAGAGUUGUUGUCUGAACCGGGAACCCCGUGUCAACCCGUCGUCGUCGAGAUGGACAUUCCUGGUGUUGGUGUUGAUUUGUUUCGUGACCUCCUGCGGUACCUGUACACGGGAGAACUGAGUGUUGGUGGAAACGGCACAGCGUUGUCGACUUUGGUUAGGUUGAGUGAGCAAUUUGGUGUUCCCAAUGCACUGACACAUGACCUUAAGAGGAUGUUGGAGUGUGGUCACCUGGCUGACGCUUCACUUGUGUGGGAGGGGGCUGAGUUUCCCUGCCACAGGGCCAUACUCGCGGCCAGGUCACCCUUCUUCCACGGAGUGGUGCAGCGACGGUCAACGGAAGCAUUGCGGGGGAGGAUGCGUGUAGUGCUGGAUGGUUCUGUGGUGCCUCUACGCUUUGCCCGCCUUAUUUUGUGCUCCCUCUAUCAGGACAAUGUAGAUCUCUCAAGUCUGGCUUGCACGACGACAUUUGCGGAGGAACUGAUGGAGUUGUACGAAGCUUCGCGGAUGCUAGAGCUGGAUACGCUAACUCAGUGCUGUGAGGAUGCCCUGGUGGAGUUGCUGAGCCCUGAGACCCUGUUGGCAGUCCUGGAGUGGAGUGACCUGCCACACGGAUCUCCGUUUGUUCGCAGACAGGCCUUGGCCUUCCUCAGGGACGAAUUCUCUGCCCUUGCAACUUCACCCGCUUUCUUACAACUGUCCAAGCACCAUCUGCUGCAGGUCCUUCAGUCAGACUUCUUGCAGGCAAGUGAGCUGGAGGUCCUGGUCGUAGUGCUCAAGUGGGGAGAGCAUCAACUCCUCAAGCGAAUGGAAGAACGAGGUAAUGCAAUGCUUUCACAUCCUCCCUGUCUGACAACAUUUUACUUUCCAGAGCCUAACGUUGUGAGCCAUACUGCACACAGUGUCGCUCGCCGUGCUCCCCGAAGUCGUCGGGAGCUUCUGAGUGACACAGAGCUUCGAGAACUCCUUUCAGAGCUGCUCUGCCAGGUCCGCACUGCACAUAUUUUACCCCCCAACUCCGAGGCCCUGGUGAGUGCUUUGCGACGUGGUCUACUGCCAUGCCCUCCUCCCUGUAUGUUAGGCGGGGAUGAGUCGUGUGCCGGUCGGGGAAGCCAGCGUGCCUGGCUUCGGCCGGGGCCCACUCGCCCACGUCUGUUCCUCCCAUACGUAGAGGAAGCAAAGACCUGGCUGGAAGAACACCUGUCCUCCCAAGAGCUCUUACCAUUGCAACAUCACUUGUCACACAUUCCUGACACCUUGUACAUGGUGGAGCGCCCAUUUCAAGAAGGACCCACUGACCCAGCCCUUCCUGCUCCCAACGAGGAGACCCUGCGGCAGAUGCGGGUACGAGAGGAGGAGCUACGAACUGGAGCAUCACGUGCCUACUCAGUGGUGGCCAAUCGUGGUGAAGUGACUCGACUCCUUCAGCUGCGGGUGGUGAGAGAAUUUGGGUUGCCAGACGAGGCCGUGGCGGUGCUCCAGCAGUGGCUACCCGCCUCGCAGCACGAGGAACGUUCCGUACCACGUCCCACAUUACUUGCACCCGAGGUGGACUCUCAGUGGGUCAAGCUACGACCAGCUCUUUGGCCAGAAGUAGAGGGAACAUCUGCCAAGGGGAUGCGGGAAAUAUCAUCUUUCAGGCUGAGGGCUGGCGUAAGAGCAGCAUCUACUUCCUCUCUCUACGCUCCACUGAGCAGAGCUCAGGAAAGAAGGCUCGUCGAAAGGCACGUCACCCGCCGCCGGGCACUGCGUGCCACCCAGUUACCAACACAUAGUGAAAGCCACCUGAGUGAUGUAAUCCCAGACAUCGCCAUGGCAACAGCUGCUCUGGAGCACUUGGAACUGGUUGAGUCGGACAGUCGUGGAGACUCUGUGCAUGUGCUAGUAUGACCUCACUCCAGGGGGAGGGGCCUGUGCAAGGCUCCUCCCCUUGAUAGGCAGGGUCUGCGGUGACGACAAUGAUUACACUGCCAUGUCUUUGUACUGUGAUGGUGAAUUAGCAGAGUGCUGUCAGUUUGUGCAUUCCAUAGGAUACUACAUAGGGCUUGUGAAUAUUUUUAAGAAUUAUGAAUUGCACAGUGAGAUUGCGGAGAAGCUUUUGAACAUUGCUUGCGGGGGUUCUAGUGGUGUAUGAUUUGAUGGCUAUUUACUAUUUAGUCUGAUGUACAGAGAUAUUUAUCAUAUAAUGAUUAAAAGCUGUGUACAUAUAAAAUCAGCA